UUGGAAUCUCUCGUCCUUUUGCGUCAGCAUUGUACAGAGCUCAAGCUCGCGAUGCAUAGCACGUGAAAAAGUAAAGAGGUUUGAAAACUUCAGGCUACACUUAGUUUGCGUGGGCCAUAUCAAAAGGUCUACACGACUACUCAAACUUUGGUAGUAGACCAGACCUGAGAACCAGCGUUGCUUCGAUUACCAGAUUCCAACACGACUUUCUCCUUUCUUUGGCUGUGACGCAUCAUGACAAGUGCGAUGGUCCGUCACUGAUAUCCUAGUCGUUGAACGACGUUGUCCAACUGAGCAGAGGAAGAUCAGCUUUUGCUUCUGUACGGUUCUUUAAGCUUGAUGAGAAGGAAUCGCUCAAGACUCGGCUCGAGUGCAACUGACACGAAAUGGGCUGUUGGGGUCUGGAUUCUUGAAGGCUGCAGGGUAUACAUGUGGUGGUCGUGGUACAUUUUGUAGAAGCUUCUUUCAAAUAUGUUCCUCUUGCUUAAACACUGCUGGCAUAUGAUCUUGCUAAACGCUGACAUUAAGCCACCUUCAUCGAACAUGAGAGAAUCCGCGAGGUGUUUCGUGUUGUCUCGUUCUUCUUAAGAUGAUCUUUAAAACUACCUCUAAUUUUUUUCGUUCCUCUUCUAGGCAAUAACUUUAAGCUAGGUCUAAAAUAUCGUAAAUUUGUAUAAUCGCUGGUUGCUUUUUCCUUCUCUGUUUUAAGCUCCGCCUAAGGGGCCCCGUGAGAGUUCAAGCUCAUUCCCAUCGUCCACCGGAGGUGCGUUCAAAUUCACUGCUGCUGUUGAUGGUACAAACACACUAGAAAUCAAUGACGCAGUGCUUGCUCCUCUUUGUAUCAAUCAGCAGGCUUAAAUUGCCAAAUAUGUGCUUGUAAAGUUGCAGUCUCUGUAAGAGUGUGUGAUGAACGACGGUACAAAGGCACCGAUCAACAAGAAGACUCUUGAUGGGAUCGAGGUUCAAUGCUGCGAUAAAAGAUUUGAGAAGCCAUUUUGCAGAAUGGCAGGCUCUGUCGAAGUUGUAGCCCAUCAUCAGAGGCCGGACAUCUUCCUCCGUGUUCCACCAAGUAAUUCAUGCAUUGCAGGUAGCUCAUGAGGACAUGCUGCUGCUGAUCACGAGCGGUACCAGAGCUCCAAGGGGACUCAAGCGCAACCAAAUUUCUCAGGAUACUCUCGGUGCUGUCCUCAAUGUGUAGCAAAAGAGUUGUUGUGAAGCGAAAGAGUUGCCUGCAGAUAAAGUCUAAUAGCCUCAUGAACUUCAAGCUUUGACAAGACGCCUCAUUUCCGUAUCAUCUGCUUCAGCUUCGUCGAUAUUCAAUAUGUAAUGCGGAUUGGAAACUUCACCGUCCUCGAGGUUGGGCAACGAGCUCGUAGUGUCUCUACGUGGAAUAAAAAUAGUGCACGAGAGAGCGGAGACGAGAGUAUAGAGUUGCAGGUUUCAACAGUGAUUUGCCACAGGCGAGAGGAAAAAUCAGUUCCUAAUAGCAACGUGUUAGUUUUUGUUCAUAGUAGCAACUUGAUCAUUCUGCCGAGCAUGAGCAUACAGUAGCAGUAGCAUGCAGAUUCAACAGAGAGACUCAGGGCUUUGAUACGGUAUGCACAGUUCCUGUAAAUCAAUGUGAAAGCAACCGUUAUAAAUACAUCCAAAUGUGAUGUGAGAAGAGGUGACAGUGACACCAAAGUUGGCU